AUGUUCGGUUCAACGAAGCUACCAUCAGACGAUGUCGAUAAGAUAUGUGGCACCUGGGACAAAGAACGGAUGAUCGGCGCAGAUAAGAAUGAGUCAUCAAGCUCCACAGUAUCGUUGUCUUCUCUUGGUGAAUGGUCAGGGGAAUUCUUCCCUGAAGACGAGGAUGGCCACCAACACAGCGACUCCUCCUUGUCAGUGAAAUCGAUUUCUUCACUCACCUCUGUCAAGUCCAUCGGGGCCUCUUCAAUGACAGCUUCAACGAGGCUCCAGAGCCGGGCAAAUUUCGCCCGCCAGAAGCUUGCUAAUUCUCAAGACGUGAAACGAAAGAUGAAAGUCUACCGUCAAGAUACUAUUGAUGCUCGAGUCAUGGCCAAUGACACAAUUGACACAGAUGCAGAAGUGGUGGAUGAAUCACUUCGGGCAUUGGAAGGGGUUUUGCAGACAAUUGGUGGCACUUCUUGCAAUUCCAAGGUUUUGAAGAACCAAGUAAGAGCAUUUCGUCGCGAGAAUGCGAAAACCCAGGUGAUGACAGCUGAUGUGGUUCAGAAGGACACCCAAAAGGUGGGUGAAUGCUUGAACGCCAUGGAAAGGUUGAUGGUUGAAAUGCAGUACAAACCUCCACGAAACUUGAAACAGAAAAACAGGAAGAACGCUGAAAUCUGA